AUGCCUCCGAAACGAAAGGCAACGUCGGCCAUCCAGGGGGCGGCGAAAGUAGGCAGGGCCUCAGCCGUGUCGACGCCGGGAUCAACGACUCCCCGAAGUCUCGCCACGUCCGACUCGGCAGAAGAUACGGAGGAGGAGGAAGUCGAGAAGAACGUUCAGAAGUUUGAUAUCAGCACAUACGAUGUCAAGCCGAAGAGACGGGCAAAUGAUGCGGUCUCCAAGUACUUUGGGAAUCGUGACUACUCCUACCUCCAGCUGAAGCCGGAUCACGCCAACCGACCUCUAUGGAUUGACCCCGAGCGAGGCAGGAUCAUUCUCGAAAGUUUCAACCCUCUCGCGCCGCAGGCACAGGACUUUCUCAUCACCAUCGCAGAGCCCCUCUCCAGACCGACGUUCCUUCAUGAGUACGCAUUGACUACACACAGCUUGUACGCUGCUGUCUCCGUCGGACUUCACCCGCAAGACAUUAUUAAUACACUGGAUCGAUUCCUGAAAAUCCCGCUGCCUGAGGGAGUUCGGCGCUUCAUUGAGAGCUGUACUCAGAGUUAUGGCAAAGUCAAGCUAGUUCUGAAAAACAACAAAUACUAUCUGGAAAGCGCGGAUGCGGAGAUGUUACAGCGUCUGCUGAAGGACCCUGUCAUUGGACCCUUGCGGGUGUCUAGUUCAGAGCAGCUGAUGAGAACGACGGCUCCGAACAUGGCCGGCCUCGUGAUCCCUGGCACGAAGAAUGCAGCGGGCGUUCGAGAGGCGAAUAACUUAGAGAAGCCCAAGGACGGAGAACAACCGACGGAGCAAGAUAUCUACGGCGCACUGAAUGAAGAAGAUGACGACGACGAUAAGGAAGCGGUGCACGCAUUCCAAAUCGAAGAUCAUUCUGUGGAACUAGUCCAGAAGCGAUGUCUGGAGCUAGAGUAUCCUGUCCUGGAAGAGUACGAUUUCCGAAAUGACCAGGUCAACGCAAAUCUUGAGAUUGAUCUGCGACCUGCGACUCAAAUCAGAUCGUAUCAGGAGAAGAGUCUAAGCAAGAUGUUUGGUAAUGGUCGAGCCAAGAGUGGUAUCAUCGUCUUGCCCUGUGGAGCAGGAAAGACCUUGGUGGGCAUCACUGCCGCUUGUACCAUCAAAAAGGGUGUCAUUGUUCUCUGCACGAGUAACAUGUCGGUUGUGCAGUGGAAGAAGGAAUUUGAGAAGUGGUCCAACAUCAACCCCGACGACAUUGCUGUCUUUUCCUCAGACAACAAGUCAACUUUCUCUGGCAACACUGGCAUCAUUGUGACAACGUACUCGAUGGUCACAAACUCGAGGGAAAGGGCACACGACUCUGCUAAGAUGAUGAAGUUCCUCCAAGGUCGUGAAUGGGGUCUUAUGCUCUUGGACGAAGUUCACGUCGUUCCUGCGAACAUGUUCCGAAGAGUUACCGGAACGAUCAAAGCGCAUUCGAAACUUGGACUUACGGCUACGCUCUUGCGAGAAGAUGACAAGAUUUCCGAUCUUAACUUCCUCAUCGGCCCUAAGCUGUACGAGGCGAACUGGAUGGAGUUGUCACAGCAGGGACACAUUGCCAAGGUCCAGUGUGCCGAAGUGUGGUGUCCAAUGACAACGGAGUUCUACGAUGAGUACCUCAAGGCUGAUACUCGAAAGAGAUCAUUACUCUACGUCAUGAAUCCGCGGAAAUUUCAAGCGUGUCAGUACCUCAUUAACUAUCAUGAGUCCCGUGGAGACAAGAUUAUCGUCUUCUCAGACGAUGUCUACGCUUUGGCAAUGUAUGCACGAAAGCUCAAGAAAGCAUUCUUGUACGGUGGUACAUCGAAUGCCGAACGUCAGCAGGUGCUUCAGCAUUUCCAGGACAACAAUCAGGUCAAUACGCUUUUCUUGUCAAAGAUUGGUGAUACAUCCUUGGACUUGCCUGAAGCAACCUGCCUGAUCCAGAUAUCGGCUCAGUAUGGUUCUCGGAGACAGGAAGCCCAGAGAUUGGGUCGAAUCCUCCGAGCAAAGAGACGAAACGAUGAGGGCUUCAAUGCGUUUUUUUACUCGCUGGUGUCGAAGGACACCGCGGAGAUGUACUACUCGUCAAAGCGGCAGGCUUUCCUUGUAGACCAGGGGUAUGCGUUCAAGGUUAUCACCCAGCUUGCCAACAUUGAGAAGACCCCCGGGCUAGCGUUCGCGACUGCGGCUGAAAGACGGGAGCUGCUCCAGAAAGUAUUGGUGGAGGUCGAGUCUGCCGAGGGCAAGAAACUGACGGAGAUCGCGGAGAAAGAGACCGAAGGCAACGACUACUAUAACGGCACAGCACGCCGAAGUGUCAAGAAGCCAGGGGUCAAGCGAACUGCGGGAACUCUGGGCGAACUGAGUGGCGGUCAGGACAUGGCGUACAUUGAGCAGAACAAGUCGGUCAACAAGACGCUAAAGAAGAACAAGAAAGACAGCAACGCGUUUUUCAAAAAGAUUGCACGAGAGAAGGAGAGGCGUAAGCAGCAGCUGUGA